AUGGCUCAAGACAAGACUCUGAUGGGUCAGGAAAUCCAGUAUAAAGACAUGAUGAGGGACGUCAUCAACAAGUCCAGGGACCGGAAGAUCAUGCUGAACCUGACGGUACAGGAGGUUCAGGGCCAACUCCAAAUGAAAGAAGACGCCUGCCGAUUCCUGAAUGAGUCACUGAAGGACUUGAAGCAGGGGCUGGAGCAAGAGAAGGAAGACAAGGCCGAUCUCAAAGAGGGACAGAGCACAGUACAGCAAGAGUGUUCUCUGCCGGAGGUAAACGUCAGGGCUCUGUCCCAAAAGCUGAAAACAGAAGCUGGACUGCUCUCUGUUGGAGGUUAA